AUGUCCCACAUCCAGAAGUGGCAAGAACCGAAGCUUUCCUGGAACCCGGCCGAGUUCAACAACCUCACCCAGGUGGUGAUCCCCCAGAAUUUGGUCUGGCUCCCGAAGCUGUUCAUCUACAAUAGUAUGGAGACGAAGGAGAUGCUCACGGAAAAUCGGUUCGAUGUGCGGUUGCAGCACAACGGCGAGGUGAAGAUCAACAUGCCCGUAUUCACGUCGGUGCUCUGCCGGCUUAACAUUGAGCUGUUCCCCUUCGACACCCAGUUCUGCGCCGUCGCACUCGCGUCCCCGUUGCUGAACGUGCAGGAGAUGGACGUCAACGCCACGCAGCCGCCCAAGGAUUCGUAUUUUGCGGGCAACGCCGAAUGGGAGGUGAUGAACAUUACCGUGCGGCAGUUGCGGUUCGUGGAGUACGGCGAGUAUAGAGUUGAGGUUCACUACAUCCUGCACCUCAACCGUCGCCCCAUCUACUACGUGACCGUCAUCGUCGUGCCGACCUUCCUCAUCUCGGCCCUCUCCAUUCUGGGCAUAUUUUCCCCGGGCUCAAAUGAUGGGCCCAGGAAUGAGAAAGUGUCGCUAGGGCUGGGGUCCCUCUUGGCCAUGACGGUGUUGUUGGACAUCGUGGCCGGGGCGAUGCCGAAAUCAAAUUCGAUUCCGUUGCUCGGCUUCUACAUCAUUGUCGUCAUCAUGUUGUGCGCGGUCGAAAAAGAGUGGAAUCGUAUGUUCGGGCGCGUGGACCACAUCUUCCUCGGCAUCUUCGAGCUGUUGAACUUCUUGAUCUUGGUGCUGUUCCUCCGCUACGCCUUCCUGCCCGUCCCCGAUCUGCCUGACGACUUCACCGUAAGCGGCGCCGACAUGACGUCUAUCUUCACGGCUCGCCACUCCGAGUAC